CCAGCCAACCAAUCGCAAGGAGUAUUGCUGAAAAGUGCGCUCUACGUGGGGACGGCGGACUUCUGCUGGGCCCAGGUGAGAAAGGCCCACCUGAGUCCUGGGUGAGAGUGUUCCUUGGUUCUUUGGGGCUAGAGGAAUCCUGAAAUUGUGGAUUACCCAUAUAUACUUUGAGACAUGCUUUAGAUGUUUUUUCUGGAAGCCUUGCAGCUGCCCUAAAAAUUGAAUGUAUUGUAGAACAGACCUAUGAGUGGUACUUGCCUGCCACAUCAUGAUCCUGACAUGGCUAUGGGGUGACAAGUGGUGUAUCAGGCAGCAUGGGACAUGGGUGAUCAGCUGGCCAGUGGUGGCAGAGUCUGCAUAGAACUAUGCUUCGUGGUGUUCUGGGAAAAACCUUUCGACUUAUUGGCUAUACUAUUCAGUAUGGCUGUAUAGCUCAUUGUGCUUUUGAAUACGUUGGUGGUGUUCUCAUGUGUUCUGGACCAUCAAUGGAACCUACAAUUCAAAAUUCAGAUAUUGUCUUUGCAGAAAAUCUUAGUCGACAUUUUUAUGGUAUCCAAAGAGGUGACAUUGUCAUUGCAAAAAGCCCAAGUGAUCCAAAAUCAAACAUUUGUAAGAGAGUAAUUGGCUUGGAAGGAGAUAAAAUCCUCACCAAUAGUCCAUCAGAUUUCUUUAAAAGUCAUAGUUAUGUGCCAACAGGUCAUGUUUGGUUAGAAGGUGAUAAUCUACAGAAUUCUACAGAUUCCAGAUAUUAUGGACCUAUUCCAUAUGGACUAAUAAGAGGACGAAUCUUUUUUAAGAUUUGGCCUCUGAGUGAUUUUGGAUUUCUCCGUGACAGCCCUAAUGGCCACAGAUUUUCUGACGAUUAGCAAGCAUUUAUUCUUUUGAUUAUUCUCUCCAAGUGAAUUUAUUAUUGCCCCUGAAUCCAUGUACUUAACUAAUAAACUAUUUGCUACUUAGUUUUAGUCAUUUGUAAUUGUUAUAUGGAAGAAUAAAAGAAGAAUAAACAAUACAUAUUGUAAGUGCUAUUAGUUCCAAAUAUAUGGAUAGAAAUGUAAUCCAAGAAAAGAAAUCUAACGUUUAUGAUAGAUAUAAAAAUAUUUUUAGGGGAAAAAACCUGGAUGACCACCUCACUUCUGAAUUUUUGGUUUAAUAGUUAUAAUAAAAGUAAUCUUUUCUUGA